GUCUUGCGUCUAAUUCUCUGUUUGUUGUUAGAGUAUGUCACAGAAGCAACCAAAACCUACUUUAACCGGCCAAAAAAUACGUACUCGAAAAAGAGGUUUCAUUCUUUAAACAACUUGUCUAUUACUUUUUAAUCCCCUUAUUUGGGUUUCCUUGGGGAUGUUUUCAUGAUGGGCCAAAUAGAUCAGGAUAAAGCUCGUAAACACGAUCCACAUUCGUUUCGUAACGAAUUAACUGCCGGACUUCAAAGUUGUAGCUGGAAAUUUGAUGAGAUUUUAAAGUUUCUUGAAAAUGCCGGCCACCGCCUUGAGUACAACAAGUAUGGAGAGACUUUGUUUGAGGUCCUUAUUGCUGGGAACAUUAUCGCGCCUGGAGGCCAAAUCGAAGAAGAAAGUCGUUGGGAUGGUUGUGUCUUUGAAUGUGGAAAUGAAGAGCUGCUUCGCGGUUUUAAUGAUGUUUUCGAAAAGCUAAUGAGACGAUAUAAAUAUCUACUUAAAGUUUUUCAAAACCACACGAGCCACAUGAUUAAGUUUAUCAAUAUUUGGCCCGAAGAGUACACUUGCAACUUUGCAACGCUUUUUGGGCUCAUGUUUGUCAGCUCGGCCAUCAUAACCCCGAAAGUCCUGGACUCCCUAUUGGCGGACUACUUAGUCCGGAAUGAGUGCGCCCUCCGCUUCGUGACGGCGGCGUUCGAGGUGUGGCUGGCCAAUACCGACUUCGACACCUUCAGCGCUGCUAUGAAGAAGUCUGGCACUGACGAUCACCUGCUUGAGUUUUUCCCUGAAAACAAACGCAAGGCUGAGUGCCUGGAAGAGCACUUUAAGGGCGCUGGUCUUGAUGCCGUCAUUCGGUUUUUCAAGGACCGCACUCAGAGCGAAAUAGUAAACGGGUUACGGGCUCGACUCACAGAGAUGCUCGAGGCCAAGGAGCCUGCUGACCGCAUUGCAGAGGUCAUACUUGCCGUUAACAGGGAGGCCCAGCUGCCAGAGGCACACUUGAUUACCCUUUUGUGGCCAUGUGUCAUGAACUCGGUCGAGUGGAGCAUGAAGGCGGACAUGAUUGAGCGUCAGGUCGCCCAGCAUAUGUCGGUACAUGCGCCCCUUCUUUCGCGCUUUACACGGACGGGAAGGGCGCAACUGAACGCCCUGAACACUAUUCAAAGCUACUGCUACGAAAAUAUGACAUUUCUUAAGUAUUUACGGAGCGUGGUUUUCUCACUUUACCACAACGAUGUGUUGGAGGAGGAGGCCAUUCAAAAGUGGUAUAAGGACGCGCACACUUCAAAGGGAUGGUCCAUCUUUCAGGAGCAAAUGUUAACUAUGAUUCGUUGGUUAGAAUGCGCCGAAGAGGACUCCUCGUAGCUCUUUGCCUUCUUGUUGAUGCUUUAAAAUAAA